AUGCGGGCUGGAGGAGAAUGCGGCGGAGCGGCCGCCGCCGGCUGGCCCUUGCUGGGGCUGGCCGCGCUGCUGGCCGCCCUGCUGGGGACCCCCGCGGGUGCCACGGCACAGCAAUACCACGGUGAGAAGGGCAUCUCCGUGCCGGACCACGGUUUCUGCCAGCCCAUCUCCAUCCCGCUCUGCACGGAUAUCGCCUACAACCAGACCAUCCUGCCCAACCUGCUGGGCCACACCAACCAGGAGGACGCAGGGCUGGAGGUGCACCAGUUCUACCCGCUGGUCAAGGUGCAGUGCUCGCCCGAGCUGAAGUUCUUCCUGUGCUCCAUGUACGCGCCCGUGUGCACCGUGCUGGAGCAGGCCAUCCCGCCGUGCCGCUCCCUCUGCGAGCGCGCCCGUCAGGGCUGCGAGGCCCUCAUGAACAAGUUCGGAUUCCAGUGGCCAGAGCGGCUCCGCUGCGAGAACUUCCCUGUUCACGGUGCGGGUGAGAUCUGCGUGGGGCAGAACACGUCGGACGCUCCACCAGGACCUGGUGGCGCGGCGGGUCGGGGGGUGACUGCCCACCCCACGGCUGGCUACCUCCCUGACUUUCUUACCCCACCGCAGCCGCCCUCUGGCUUCUCGUUCUCUUGCCCCCGGCAGCUCAAAGUGCCCUCUUACUUGGGCUACCGAUUCCUGGGGGAGCGGGACUGUGGAGCCCCCUGCGAGCCAGCCCGGCCCAAUGGGCUCAUGUACUUCAAGGAGGCAGAGGUGCGAUUUGCCCGGCUGUGGGUGGGUGUGUGGUCCGUGCUUUGCUGUGCCUCCACCCUCUUCACCGUGCUCACCUAUCUGGUAGACAUGCGUCGUUUCAGCUACCCGGAGAGGCCCAUCAUCUUCCUCUCGGGCUGCUACUUCAUGGUGGCAGUGGCCUACGCAGCGGGCUUCUUGCUGGAGGAGCGGGUGGUGUGUCUAGAGCGCUUCUCUGAGGAUGGUUACCGCACUGUGGCCCAAGGCACCAAGAAAGAAGGCUGCACCAUCCUCUUCAUGAUCCUUUACUUCUUUGGCAUGGCCAGCUCCAUCUGGUGGGUGAUCCUGUCCCUCACCUGGUUCCUGGCUGCUGGCAUGAAGUGGGGCCAUGAGGCCAUUGAGGCCAACUCCCAGUAUUUUCAUCUGGCUGCCUGGGCUGUGCCUGCUGUCAAAACCAUCACCAUCUUGGCCAUGGGGCAGGUGGAUGGGGAUGUACUCAGUGGGGUGUGUUAUGUAGGUAUCUACAGUGUGGACUCGCUGAGGGGCUUUGUGCUGGCGCCCUUGUUUGUGUAUCUCUUCAUUGGCACUUCCUUCUUGCUGGCUGGCUUCGUGUCCUUGUUUCGCAUCCGCACCAUCAUGAAGCACGAUGGCACAAAGACAGAGAAACUGGAGAAGCUGAUGGUGCGCAUUGGCGUCUUCAGUGUCCUCUACACGGUGCCUGCCACCAUUGUCCUGGCGUGUUACUUCUACGAGCAGGCCUUCCGUGGUACCUGGGAGAAGACGUGGCUCCUCCAGACCUGCAAAACGUACGCUGUACCCUGUCCCAGCCACUUUGCCCCUAUGAGCCCAGACUUCACUGUCUUCAUGAUCAAGUACCUCAUGACCAUGAUUGUUGGGAUCACGACUGGCUUCUGGAUUUGGUCUGGCAAAACCCUUCAGUCCUGGCGACGCUUCUACCACAGACUAAGUACCGGCAGCAAAGGCGAGACGGCAGUAUGAGACCCCCGUCCCCUCUGGCACGCACACACUCACACAUGCAUACACGCAGAGGAGGCAGAGGAGACGGAUACUCAGCACAGGAGUAGGGCAGUGGUUCCCUGAAGAGGGGGGAAGGGAAGCUUUCCCAAACUUUUUCUUCCUCACGGGUUUGGGGGAAAAAAAAAAAAUUAAAAAAAAAUCUUUGCGUAAAGGAUCAGUCAAACUAUGUCCAGUGGUGCUUAUGACCAGCUCAGUGGGAGAGGACUGAAAAAGAGACCGCCGCUGGGACAGGAGAGUCCUUCACCCAGAAGUCUCCUUACUUCUCUCCUGCUACUCCUGUUGAGGAACAGAAACUCCAACCCAACUAAAAUCAUCCUGCCUUGCUUUGGACAAGAGGGAGGGGA